UCCUAUAGAAAUAUCCAUUAGAUGUGAUGUGUUAACCGAAAGACACAGGACUUAUUUUUUACAUAAUUAAAUCAUCUGUGAAUAUUAUUAACUAAAUGUUUUUAUUGAAGAAGAAAAUAAAUAGAGAAUAUAAAGGAAAUAAAAAAAUAAAAAAGAUUAUUGAUUAACAAGUUUAAUGAUAAAUAGAAAAGAAAUUAAUGAAGUAAAAUUUUUAUUUACACUAAGAACAUUGUAUGAUUGACUCGUUGACAGAGUUUUUGUAUGAAAGGACAAGAAUGGAUAAGAUCAUUUUCGAAUCCAAAAUGUUUCAGUUUUUUGUGUUGAAAUUAAUUCAACAGUGACUUCUGAUGAUAUUGUAGAGUCUGUAUCUGACAACAUUUUAUUCAGUCGAUUUUUCGACCCAUAGGAGUAUCAAAAAAAAGUUUUGAUCAUCAUUUCGAGAAAAUCGAUUGAAAACUAAAGACUGCAAUGUCAUAAGAAGUCACUGUUGACUGAGUUUCCACAAAAAAAUCUGAUAUAUUUUUAAAGUGCAAAAACAUUCUUGUUUCCAUCAUCUUUAGGGAAAAAGUUAUGUCAUUUCUAAAGAAAAUCUUCUUGUCGUUGUUUCUUCGGAACAAACUGGCUAUGACACGAAUCUUGUUAGAAUUUUCAUCUAUUUUAUCAUUUCUAAUGAAGAAUGUCAAUAGGAUUUGAUAAGUUAAAAAUUUUGUAUUACAGUUUAUUAUUUGAGACAUUCUACAUCGAUUUUAUUUCAUUCUUUCAGUUACUAAAUCUUUAUACAAUUGUAAACGAGAUAUCUUCUAAAUGAUUUUAUUCGUUUAGGAGAUUGAUAUCAGUUUUGUUAGUUAUAUCUAUGCUAGGCAAUUAACACAUACUAGUGAACAUAGUUUUAUACUUUAUAUUGGAUCAGAAUAUACUUUAUGUGUAUAUGAUAUAUUAAUAGAACAAGGUAAAGAUUAUGAAAUUAUUAAUGCUGGGUCAGAUUGUUCUCAACUGAUUGUCGAAUAUCCAGAAUUUUAUACUUAUCCAGAAGCUGAAUUAUGUGUAACUUAUGGUUUUUCAUUGAAAUUAGGAAAAUUAGUAGUGAUUUUAUCAAUAUUAUACAAUGCCUAUUUACUUUAUCGAUUAUUUGAUUUACCUCCAUUACCACUUAUUGUCUCGGGAGUUACGUUGACUUUCUUAUUUUAUAUCACGUUUACAAAUAAUGAAUGGACUCUUCAAGCAUUAGAAUCAAUUCUAAUUUUGCUCGGUUUUAUUAUGAUUUCUGGACACAAUUUAUUCCUAAAUAUUGAUGAACAUAUGAAAAAAGAAUGA